GUGACAUAUCAAUGUUUUCUAAUUGGUUUUUUUUUGUUAUAACAUAAGUACCUAUCUAAUAAAUGUAAAAUAAUAAAAAUUCUUUAUUAAUAUGUCUACCAAUAACUUAUCAACUGUUUUAAAAUCGUGUUCAGAGAGUGAGUUAAUUAAUGAAAUUUCUGAUGCUACUAAUAUGACACCAAAGCAAGUUGAGGGAUCAAGACUUAAACGUACCUUUACAUUGCCUCGCAAUCCCUUUGGAACUGUUAAAGCUACAUCUAGCAAGAGUAAAAGUAACGAGUGUGAUAAUAAACCGUCAACUGCUAUAUCUGAAACGGGAGAGUCUCAAAAGGAUGUUGGUGUUAUUGAAAGGAAGUUGUUCAGAAGGCCAUCAUGGAAAAGGUUUCUGAAUAAAAUAGCUCAACAUAUGAGUACUGUUAAUGUAUCGGGAGUUAAAUCUGCACCAGCCACUUUGAAUGGCGAAAGAGUACCGUGUAGUGGGGAUCCACCAUGGCCUCCUGGCUCUACUCCAGCUGUGACUGGGAUCAAGAAUCAUGGCAACACUUGUUACAUGAAUGCUGUAUUACAGUGCCUUUCUCACACAGAUGUCAUUGCAGAAUAUUUCGUACUAGACCAUUAUAAAGUGGAUUUACAGAAACGAAACAAAAUAAAUUCAAAAAAAUAUGGAACACGAGGAGAAGUAACUGAACAAUUAGCAGCUCUGUUAAAAUCACUUUGGGCUUGUCACUACUCUCCUGAUAUGAGUACUACCUUUAAGGGUGCAGUUGAAAGGCAUGGUACCCAAUACAGAGGGAACAGCCAGCAUGAUGCGCAAGAAUUUUUGUUUUGGUUACUGGACAAAGUUCAUGAAGAUUUGAAUACUGCAACAAAGAAAAAAUACAAAACAAUUAAGAAUACUUGUGGGAAGCCCGAUGAAGUAGUGGCUGCUGAAACAUUGGCUAAUCAUGCUCGUAGAAAUAGCUCAUUUGUUCAAACUGUUUUUCAAGCUCAGUACAGGUCAGCGCUGACAUGUGCCAAGUGUGAUCGUACGUCAUGCACGUUUGAUCCGUUUCAUUGCGUGAGUGUGCAAUUACCUUCAAGGUUGGCUACAGCACAGCCAUCCCCACUUCCUGUUAAUGUAGUUUACGUCAAUCAGCAACCUCGCCAAGUGCGUAUUGGCGUAGAACUUGCACCAACCGCUACUAUGGAGGACUUGCGGACUACAUUACACAGUGACACCGGCAUUGAUCGCGACCAUAUAAUAUUAGCAGAAAUUAAUGAGACAGGGUGGUGUAAUGCCCGAGCGAGUUGGGAGGUGGCAGGCAUUGAUUUCGGCGCUUUGUAUUGUAUGGAGGCACCGCCACUAUUACAAACUCCAACUACGCCGUAUUUAUUGCUAUUAUGGGUUAAUAUGCUUGAUGGCGAGAGAUUUGGUUCACCUUAUGCAAUGCAAGUACCUCGUGAGAUUUCUUAUGAGGAUCUUCAGAAAUUGAUGCUAAAAGAAAUGUGCCAAAUAGUGGCGGAACGAGUUUUGGAGAAUGUGCAGGGUUCUGAUAUAUUUAAGGCUAGGAUUGCUGAAGCACAUAGACCUAAAGAUCCAGCAUAUUUGCAACCCGAGUUGCCGCACCCGUUGUUCGCGCUUGACGUGGAGCAAGCUCUGUGCGCACACGACAAACACUCUCACCUUCGGCUUGAACUACUGUGGGACCCCGCGCAUAGAGAUAGCAUAAUCCGGUGGGUGGGCGAGGCGUGCGAGGUACACGUGUCUGCGGGCCCGGCGCCGCUCACGCUUGACGCCUGCCUCACGCACUACACGCGCGCUGAGCGGCUCGCACAGGAGGAUGCCUGGAGAUGUCCUCAGUGUCAACGAUAUAUGCCAGUAGUAAAAACCCUCGGUCUUUGGUCACUACCGGAUGUUCUAGUAAUACACUUGAAGAGAUUUAGACAGCAAGCCAAAGGUCGUACGAGUACAAAAUUAACAACUAUGGUAGAGUUUCCUUUGAACGACUUCGAUAUGACGCCGCACCUUGUCACACGGAACUCGGCGACAGCUGAAUCACCUGGACAUUCAAGGUCACCACGUAGAAGGCAUUCUAAAACGCCAACCUGCGGUUCAGAUGAGAAUAUGUAUGAUCUGUACGCCAUUUGCUACCAUCAUGGCGAUGACUUGGAAACUGGACACUACACCGCAGCUUGCAAGAAUCCGUACGAUGGUCACUGGUACAAAUUUGAUGAUUCCAGGGUAACCCUGGUCAAUGAUGAGAAUGCAUACAGCGAAUUGGUAGAUAAUACGGCAUACAUGCUAUUUUACAAACGGAAAAAACCCAACAUAUCACAUUCUUAUACUACAGACGAUCACAGUAGUCAUUGGGCGUUACGUAUGCCUAAAUACGUAAAGCAAACGAACGACACAUUAAACGAGCUUACGGAAGUCAAGGAGGAGCAUGUUGAUGACCUAAAAAUUGAGAUACCGAAUAAUGAACCGGAGUCAGAAUCUGACGCUACCGCUCCGACAAACAGCCCUUUGUCCAGAAGUGUUGAGAGUCUGCCCGACGAUAAUAUGAAUGUACCGCCGUCUCCAGCGAAAGUAAUAACCACAGUUGUUCACAAUACAGCUUCUAUAAUACAAUCACCUACUUUGCAGCGACCAUUGAUAGUCGAAGUAAACGGGAAUAAAGCGAACGAUGAUGCGAACGAAAACGAGUUAAGUGUAUCCAUUGAACCUUACAUUCAUAAAGACGUACACGUAAACCCCAAGAUGACGCCAGUGGACACUAGGCGACCGCGGUCUGUCGAUUAUCCCGCCAAGUCAAACGCGACGUCUACUAGUCGAGACUCGAACAGAAACUAUGAGAGUUCACCGUUGGUCGCCAGUAUAAAUGGAGUUGAAUAUAAUCCAACUACAGAAAAUCUGAUGUUGUCCAUGUUUCAAGAGUCCAAAUAUAUUGUCCCAAGGCAUGCCAACCACAUCGCAGGGGAAUCUCAUAGAGCAGGUGAGAAAUCAUCUGUGUGGAAAACUCGAAUAUCCACAUGAGAACAGAUAGUUGUGUCUGAUGGAUGUGACCAGCCCUCUCCUAUGUUAACUCUAUGCCCAAAAUUAGAUCUGGUUCCAAAUAGUUGACAGUUAAGUCAUGAUUAAUUAAGGCGUAAAUGCUGUGAGUGUCAGUGGAUCCGAAUACGACAUCUUUAUAACUGCCUUCCACUUAGGGAUGUACGAUAUUGGAAAAAGUAUAUUUGUAAUGCUCUAUAUGACCAUAGGCUUGUUAUAAUGCUGCUUGGCUUAUUUAUUGUGAUUAUUUUGAUAUGCAAAUAUUUCUUGGUUACUUGGAUUUUUAAUAUUUUAAGAUUUUUGUAUUAUGGUCAAGGAUACUUUAACAUUAUUACGACCUUUUAUGGUAAUUUUGUAUUACAUACCAAAGAUUGGUUGAAAAUAUACUCAUUAUGGGGAAGGCAAGUAAGUAGCGUUCAAGUUAUAUCAUGUAUUAUCUAUUUAUAAUAAUAUUAUACUCCCUCAUGGUAACUUUAUCCUAAAGGACCAAGUUUACACAGUACCUAUGUGAUUCGUAUGUUCUGCUUGUCUUCCUCAAUAUACUAACAAAUUUGAUAACAUGUGUGUUGUAGUGCUGUUACUGAGAAAUCUAUUUAUACAUUGUGUAGAUAUAAUGUCACAGAGUAACUAGUAGGGUUAUAGUUAGCGGGCGUAAUAAACGAAUUUUCGUAACACACUUGUGCCUUGGCCCUAGGGAUGUUGUGAUUUUAAAAUUUAACCAAAAGCAUGAUGAAUGCAUGCUACAAUAAAAUUUAAUUCAUAAUUACGUGUAAUUAGAAUACACAUGUCAUGGAAUACUUCAUAAA